GAGAGCAUCUCGCGAAGCCUCCGCUUAGCCAUCCAUCAGUAGUUUAUUUGACUCCGGCGCCUCGACCCGCUGAACUCGCGACUCCCGAUCCUCCGGUGCGUGCCUAUUUUCGCUCCAGCCGCCGCGGAAUCUCGUCUCCAGCGGCUUAGAAAUCGGAAUUGCACCGCGAAUCGCGACCACUUCAGGCGCCUAGACCCAGUCGGUGCUCGUCGGCCGGUGGACCGCGAGCUGUGCAGCAGUUAUGGUACGCGCGAACGGCGAAUUUCGCGACAUGGGUGCGUGGGUGGUGCUGUCGGUGUUAGGGGUGGUCGGCGCUGCCCUAGGGCAGGCCCUACGCGGAGCUGAUACCGGUCCAUUUUCCUGCAACGGUCGGUCAGCAGGAUAUUACGCAGAUGUUAGCAAAGGAUGUCAGAUAUAUCACAUGUGCGAUGGUUUGGGCAGGCAAUUCAGUUACUCCUGCCCGAAUGCUACUCUCUUCCAGCAGAGGAUGCUAAUUUGCGACCACUGGUACAUGGUGAACUGCAGCAGGGCUACAGCCGAUUACAGCGCGAAUCUGCUGAUAGGCCAGAAAGACAAGCUCUUCGUGGAAGAUUCGGAGAUGAGCGCUUAUUCGAGAACUCCCAGGCCGGAUUUGCUGAACGCCCCGUCGAGCGCUGCGGAGUACAACCUCAUAUACAGGAUAGGUGAAACCAAUUUGUCUCCAAGGAAGUUCGUAGGUGUAGAGAAUAGCGACGAGAGAAGUUCCGAAGAGCCUACUUACUUUCCUCCGAGUCAAUGGUCUACUGAAGCGCCAAAAAGGGAGAACGUUGGCCGACGCAAAUCCGAUCAAAUCGGUUUCGAAAACAGGCAAAAUAAAGCGCUAUUUGGUAAAAACGAUGCAGUAGUGUACAAAUCGAAUUUCAAAGCGACUACCCCGGUGUACCCGCAGAGCGUGGAAGAUACAACCGGCAAUCCCAACAACAUCGGCCUGCAACCUCCGGAUUAUAUCGAAGAAAAUUCGAACUAUCAAUCGCAAUCUUCCGAUUACAGCGACAAAAACUUCGAUCCUAUUUUCGAGUUGUUGCCUCCGAGGUUCGGCAAAGAUGGCAACAACAAGCUCAACGCGAUAUCCAAAUUCGAAGACGACCUGCCGGUGGACGAACCGGAAUUUAGGAACACCGCGAAAUUAACGGAACGUUUCGAUUACGACCAAGAACAAGAUCAGCCUAACAAAGUCGUUGUGAAUUUCCAGUCGAAUUUCAAAGCCACCACGCCCCAGUACCCGUCAUUCGUCGACACUACCAGCCCCGAGCCUGGAGACGUCGGCGUUCUACCGCCCAAUAACGAUAAAAAUAAAGUACGAAACGGUGUUAAUUUCGAAUCGAGGUUCAAAGCCACCACUCCUCAGUACCCCACUUUCGUGGAAUCGACCAGCGCUAAUCCAGUCGACGUGGGUUUGCUACCCCCUCAAAACGAUAAAGACGCUCUAAAGUAUAGUAACAGUCCGUUGUUUGAAUCGAAUUACGAUGAUAACGAGCACGUUCAAUUCGAAUCCAACUUCAAAGCUACUACUCCACAAUACCCGACUUUCGUGGAAUCUACCAGCCCUAAUCCAGACGAUGUAGGGUUGCUACCUCCUCAAAACGCUAAAGAUAGUGUGAAGUACUACAAAGAACCAACGUACGAUGAUAAGAAGCCGAUUCGUGUCCAAUUCGAAUCAAGAUUCAAAGCCACUACUCCACAAUACCCAACGUUCGUGGAAUCAACCAGCCCUAAUCCAGUUGAUGUAGGCUUGCUACCUCCUCAAAACGAUAAAAACAAUGUAAGGUACUACAAGAAUCCAUCGUACCAGUCGAAUUUCGAUAGCAAAAAGGAGGUUCCCGUCCAAUUCGAAUCCAAAUUCAAAGCCACCACCCCGCAAUACCCGACUCGAGUCGACUCCACCAGCCCCAACCCCUUCGACGUCGGCUUGGUGCCCCCGAAACGGGCCGGCGGCGUCGCUUACAAGUCCACCUUCAGGGCCACCACGCCCAAGUACCCGCCGUUCGUCGACGCCACCAGCCCGGAUCCCAGUAACUUGGGCAUCGUGGCGCCCGGUAACAGCGUGGUGAACUUCCACUCGGACUUCAAGGCCACCACGCCGGUGUACCCGAAGCUGGUGGCGUCCACCAGCCCGGAUCCGGGCCAGGCGGGAUUGCUGCCGCCGCAGAACUUCCGCGUCGCCGGCCUGGCGGAGCCCGGCGGAGCCGAGGAGGAGUACAAUCUGCCGGCGAAGCCGUUCGCUCCGCUGGGGCUCCAGGCCGACUACACGGCGGAGGAGGAUCUGCAGGAGUUGCCGGGCAUUCGGCUGUCGAAUUUCAUGAAGUCGUUCAACAAGCAGCAAUGGCAAAUGCUGCGGCAUGCUUUGAAGAUACCCGAGUACGAUUUUCCGCUGGAUGACUUCGUCAGGCCGGGUUACGAUAGCGUGGUGAAUUCGUUCGAACCGAAGGGUAGGAGGAAAUGAUUUUCGUUGGCUUCUAAAGCUGUUGUAAAUAUUGUUAGUUCCUAUACACCGAAUUCCACGAUGGUAUAAUAAUUUAAACGAAAAGUGUGUUACCUACCUAUAUAGUUAUUAUAUCAUCAUCAAUUGUAGCAUUGUCAAUUUCUAAUAAAAAAUUUAUUAAUAAGAAGUUAAUAAGACGCUUUGUUCACCCAAAUAUCUCAACGUUAAAGUUACUGAGUGAAUAUAAAAUGUUUGUUAAUUUUUUUGUAUAAAUUAACAUUAAUCUAGUUUUGUAAAAUGAUUUGAGUUGUAAUUAUUCGAUUUUAAUGUCAUAUUGUAGUAUAUUUAGAUUGUAGGUAUAUUUUAGUUUUUUUUUAUUUACAGAGAUAUAUAACAGUAUGGAAUGUUGUUGGCUUUGUACCUUUUUAAUUCUUAUGGUAGGUAAUUUGGUUUAUAUUUGCUAAUACUUAAUUUGAGUAUGGAUUAUGUAGGUUUAUUUUGUAUGUAUUUCGAGGGAAUGCCAAAUAGGUACUUAGCUAUACGUUAUUCGUAUCAUUUAGCGCAGGAGUAUCUCAUUUUAGGUGCUAAAUGACAUGAAUGUAUAUAAUUUAUUUUACCUACAUCCCAUGUAAAUAAUAAUUAUUAGUUAUUUAUUUUAGACUGUUAUAGUAAAAUUACGUGAGACAAUCUAAUAAGUUUGAAUUUUUAUAUAUGUAAGUUUUUUUAAUAAAUAAAAUAAUUCGAGUAACA